AUGCAUGAAUUCGCGCUCUACGGCCAAGUGCCUAAGGAAAUUCACCAUCGCACACUGCAGCAACUUGCCGGGUACACGCGUAUGCAGCCGAUUGAUGCUUCAGAGAUCCACUUGGUCUUCCAGGCACGCCAACCGUCUGGUCUAGACAAGAUCCCCUCUGCGGGAGGUAGUCAAGGAGUCCUGCAGCCAGAUGUCCAGCGCUGGAAGAACAUGCUUAAUGCAAGCUUGUACUAUGUUCAACUUGUUGGAGAGGUCGCCACUCCCAUCUCUUCAUCACCCGAAUCCAAACCUACUGACGGAACUGGUGACGUGACAAUGACCAACGGUGGUGGACCUGAUCUAAACUCACUUAUCAACUGGACUCUCGAAUUCAGGGACACUCCCGACCCUGGCAAGCAAGCCGUUAGUACAAGGCUGAUAUCCCGCACCCCUCUAGAUGAAGGCAGCCUCAUGACAUUCAUGGACCAUUUUGGCUACGAGUACGUUUCUCGCUACAUGCUUACUGGGUUCAAAUUCUACGACAAUGACACAACACUCUACCUUCAUAAAGUCCUCACUCUGCCACAGGGCUCGGUAGAGUCUGCCAUGACCGACUUUUCUUUCUUAUCAAACAUCUCGGAGCUCGGAGACCUGGAUGGCUCUGGUGGCGCGUUGUUGCAGGCAUCGAUCGAUGUCGUUGACGGAAACAACCCAGAACUGAAGGACAGAGCCACCCGGCAAUUGUUGGCGCUUAAAGAGGGAUUCAAGCAAGGGGUUGACCUGACUCCGGGCGACCGACUUGCUCUUGAUACUCGCCUGCCGGCCGUAAACCGCAGGAUCUGA